AUGGACGGUAGUACUACACGCGAGGCAGUAGGUGAGGAUGAAGGGGCUGAAGUAUUGGAAGAGGAGGGAGACAGCAGUUCGGAGUCAGAGGGAGAGAGAGAAGAGGAGCCAUUGGAUGAGGGUGCUGGAGUCCAAAAGGAACCAGGAGUGGUGGAUGGGAGGGGGAAGGAGGAGGAACCGAGAGUGUUGGACUGGGGGGGGAGGGGGGAAGCAACCGAGUGUGGUGGAUUCGUGGGGAGGGGAGGGGCAGCAGGGAGUGGUGGACUGGGGUUGAGGGGAGGAGCAGCAGGGAGUGGUGGAUUCGUGGGGAGGGGAGUAGCAGCAGGGAGCGGUGCUGGGAGGGGAGGAGAAGCAGAGAGCGUUGCUGGGAGGGGAGGAGCAGCAGGGAGCGGGGCUGGGAGGGGAGGAGCAGCAGGGAGCAGGGCUGGGAGGGGAGGAGCAGCAGGGAGCGGUGCAGGGAGGGGAGGAGCAGCAGGGAGCGAUGCUGGUAGGGGAGGAGCAGCAGGGAGCGGUGCUGCGAGGGGAGGAGAAGCAGAGAGCGUUGCAGGGAGGGGAGGAGCAGCAGGGAGCGGUGCUGCGAGGGGAGGAGAAGCAGAGAGCGUUGCAGGGAGGGGAGGAGCAGCAGGGAGCGGUGCUGCGAGGGGAGGAGCAGCAGGGAGUGGUGCUGGGAGGGGAGGAGAAGCAGAGAGCGUUGCAGGGAGGGGAGGAGCAGCAGGGAGCGGUGCUGGGAGGGGAGGAGCACUAGGGAGUGGUGGAGUGGCAGGUGAGAUGGCCGAUGACCACAACACUCCCACUACUGCUGACGCUCCACAAGAUAAUGGGACAGCAGUAGCAGCAUCAGCAGGGACAGCAGCAGCAGAAUCAGCAGGGACAGCAGCAGCAGCAGCAGCAGCAGCAGCAGCACCAGCAGGGACAGCAGCAGCAGCAUCAGCAGGGACAGCAGCAGCAGAAUCAGCAGGGACAGCAGCAGCAGCAGCAGCAGGGACAGCAGCAGCAGCAUCAGCAUUGACAGCAGCAGCAGCAGCAGCAGCAGCAGCAGCAGCAGCAGCAGCAGCAGCAGCAGCAGCAGCAUCAUCAUCAGCAGGGACAGCAGCAGCAGAUUCAGCAGGGACAGCAGCAGCAGCAGCAGCAACAGCAGCAGCAGCAACUGCAGGGACAGCAGCAGCAGCAUCAGCAGGGACAGCAGCAGCAGCAGCAGCAGCAGCAGCAGCAGCAGCAGCAGCAGCAGCAGCAGCAGCAGCAGCAGCAGCAGCAGCAGCAGCAGCAGCAGCAUCAUCAGCAGGGACAGCAGCAGCAGCAUCAGCAGGGACAGCAGCAGCAGCAUCAGCAGGGACUUCAGCAGCAGCGUCAGCAGGGACAGCAGCAGCAGCAUCAGCAGGGACAGCAGCAGCAGCAUCAGCAGGGACAGCAGCAGCAGCAUAA